GCCCUUCAUCGGGCGCUUUCGUAAACAUAAACCAAAAACCCUAACUGUGCUUUACUCGGGAGUUGUCACGCAGUCCUAGCCCCAUCGCACAGAUCUUCUCUCUCGUCGUGUUCGACUAGAAAACGUGACACAAAACCGAGCGCAGUGGCGUUCGAGGAUUCAUACAACCAACCCACAUAGUGGGAAAAGGUUCAGCUGUUGGAUUAAGAACUUCCCAAAACCCUCGGUUCGAGAUGAGCCGACCAAUGGAGGAAGAUGGUGCCAAGAACGAGGAGGAGGAAUUCAACACAGGGCCACUUUCUGUCCUUAUGAUGAGUGUAAAAAAUAAUACUCAGGUGCUCAUCAAUUGCCGUAACAACCGAAAGCUUCUUGGCCGUGUGAGAGCAUUUGACAGGCAUUGCAACAUGGUUCUGGAAAAUGUCAGGGAGAUGUGGACUGAGGUGCCGAAGACUGGAAAAGGCAAGAAAAAGGCCCAGCCGGUUAACAAAGACAGGUUCAUCAGCAAGAUGUUUCUCCGUGGGGACUCUGUUAUCAUCGUUCUUAGGAAUCCGAAGUGAGGUGUGAACGUAGCACACAAUUCUAAUGACUUGUAGAUGUAGUCUGCUGAAAAUUGUAGAAGUACUAUCGUCAGGAGUUUGAAUUACACUUCUUAGAGCAACUUUCCAGUGCUGUAUAACUUCGUUUCGAUCUCUGUGUGAAUUUCAAUUGACAGGUACUAAAAGCUCUCUUUAGAGUAA